UUCAUUCUUCAGGAGGGCGCCAAUUUGUCGUUUCUCCCAUUCUGGAAGUUUUAAGUUAUCACCUGUUUUUACUGAAGUGGGUCCGGCCGGACCGAACACCGACCUUACUACAAACUACAAAUCUUCAUUGCUUUGCUUUCAUCUCAAUCUUCUACUGCCACAUUAUCUUUCUGCUCAAGGAAGACGAAAAUUUUGCAGAAAUGGCGACUGCUGAGUCGGCGGGCAAACCGAAGUCGAUAACGGGAGAGGCUGGCUUUGUCCUGGAAGACGUGCCUCACUUGUCUGAUUACAUCCCCGAUCUCCCUACUUAUCCGAACCCAUUGCAAGACAACCCUUCUUAUGCAGUUGUUAAGCAAUAUUUUGUUAAUGAUGGUGAUUGUGUUACUGAGAAGAUUGUUGUUCAUAAAAAUUGUCCAAGAGGGACUCAUUUUCGACGGGCUGGUCCUCGUCAAAAGGUUUACUUCAAAUCCGAUGAUGUUCUAGCAUGUAUAGUGACUUGUGGAGGUUUAUGCCCUGGGUUAAACACGGUGAUUAGGGAAUUAGUGUGCGGUCUGCACCACAUGUAUGGUGUGAGCAAUGUUCUCGGGAUAGAGCUGGGAUUUAAAGGCUUUUACUCUAGGAAUACUGUCCCUUUGACACCAAAAGUAGUUAAUGACAUUCAUAAACGCGGUGGUACCCUUCUCGGGACAUCAAGAGGGGGUUAUGUGACAUCAAAAAUAGUUGACAGCAUUCAAGACCGUGGUAUUAAUCAGGUUUACAUAAUUGGAGGAGAUGGCACUCAGAAAGGAGCUUCUGUGAUCUUUGAGGAAAUAAAAAAGAGAGGUCUCAAAGUUUCUGUAGUUGGAAUACCUAAGACCAUUGAUAAUGAUAUUCCGGUUAUUGACAAAUCCUUUGGUUUUGACACUGCUGUUGAGGAAGCUCAAAGAGCUAUUGAUGCUGCACAUGUUGAGGCUGAAAGUGCAGAAAAUGGGAUUGGUGUUGUGAAAUUGAUGGGGCGCUAUAGUGGAUUCAUAGCGAUGUAUGCUACUCUUGCCAGCAGAGAUGUGGACUGCUGCUUGAUUCCAGAAUCACCUUUUCAUUUAGAAGGGCCUGGUGGACUUUAUAAAUACAUAAAGGGAACACUGCGGGAAAAUGGGCACAUGAUCAUUGUGAUUGCUGAAGGUGCAGGGCAGGAGCUGCUUUCUGAUAGCCUGCAAGAAAACAAAACAGACCAACAACAGGAUCCAUCAGGGAAUAAGUUGCUCCCAGAUGUUGGGCUUUGGUUAUCCCAAAAGAUCAAGGAUCAUUUUAAGAAGCAUGGAUCGUUGGAUAUAACUCUGAAAUAUAUAGAUCCAACCUACAUGAUACGCGCAAUUCCAAGCAACGCGUCAGACAAUGUCUACUGUACACUUCUUGCUCAUAGUGCCAUUCAUGGAGCAAUGGCCGGGUACACAGGUUUCACAGUAGGUCCUGUCAAUGGAAGACAUGCCUACAUACCAUUCUAUCGCAUAAAUGAGAAACAAAACAGGGUGGUGGUAACAGACAGGAUGUGGGCCAGAGUCCUCUCUUCUACCAAUCAACCGAGUUUCUUGGACUUGAAGGAUGACGUUAUGGAUGUAAUCAAUGAAGAAAACCCACCAGAAACGCAGUAACUAGAUGGUGACAGAGGACAUCCCACACGAGAUGAAGGGAUUGGUAUGAAUUUGGCGGACAUGUGGAAUUGUGGAAACCUGACAGAUUUUGACUUUCUUUCUGAUUUGUGCUAUAACUUGUGUUCAAAAUGUACGUUGGCAUGCUGGUAUUAGGAGGGAAUGUUUACUCCACUGUACAUUGAUGAGAAAACUUGAGAAAUAGAUUGAUGGAAGUAAAAAAAUUGGAAGUAGAAAAUUGCAAAUUUACGGAAAAGUUGGAUUUCCGUCUAGUCAAAAUUAUGUCCCCGACAACUAAUUGGAAUAGAGUUUCUGUUUUCUUGUUUUUUUAAUGGUGUAAACAUCACAUCAUAUAAUAUUUUAUCUUUACACCAUUUU